CGGCUGCAGAAUCAGUGUACCCAUCGAGUGUUUGCUGAAAACCAAAUUUUUACACAUAUUUAUGAUUAGGAGAAUUUAUAUCCACCAGGUUGCCUAUCAAAAUGUGGCCGCUAGUAUUUUUAAUUAAAUUAUUAAUAAUUCAUAAUCCGUAAGAAAUUUCACUGACAUGUUUUUUCAAUGAAAUGUCGUCUAUUUUACGGCAAUAUCUAUGAAGACUCUGAAAAAUCAUGGUUGCCGUUGCGCACCUGGCCGCACCUCUUCGCAGCCAGGUGUACACAGGUAUGAUUUUGUUACAUUUAUACACCCACAACGUACAUUCAUAUUUUAUAAAUCAAAUUAAAGCUAAUUUUUUUCUGUUCAUUAUUAUAUACGGUUGCCUAAUUAAAUUUGGCCGCAAAUAAGGGUUGCUGGCUGUUAAAUAAAGAAAAUAUUAAAAGAAGAGUGAAAGAGAGCUAGCGCGUUACACUACUAUUCAGACGAGGAUAGCAAUUGCCAGCUGCCGGACAGUUUAAAGCCAUUGCGCAUGCGUCAGAUGCUAGUGUUCUCAACGGAUCAGUUGCGACUUUUAUUCUAUGUUAAAAACCACGCUAUUUUGGAGUACGUAAUACACAACAUAAUAUAUUGCUGUUUCAUUUGUGCAUCGAAAAAUUAUCAAUCUCAUCGGGGUGAAAUAAAAUUUAUGAAGAUGAAGGCGUGUUUUCUGUGCGAAAAAAAAAACAAUGUACUAGACUGUGAUAAUGCUUCAUUCAAAAAGUGUUCUCUAAUGUUAUUGUUUCGUCGUAAGAAAAAAUAUAAAUAUCAUGACAUUUUAUUAACACUUGAAUCCACCGAUGAUUUUGAAUAUCAUACAGAGUGUUUGAAAAAAAUUACAGUUAUAUCCAUUUACGGAUAUUAUUGAUGAAUUAAAUUACAUUUUACGGUACGCCUCAAAAUAAUAAAUACUCCAAGACGUUUCUUUUGGAGUAUUUAUUAUAUUGAGGCGUACCUACUAUUGUUUGAAUCGGAGGUUGAGAACACUAGCAUCUGACGCAUGCGC